UCAUAUCGUGCGAAUUACGAAUACCGGUUUGUUUGUUCUAAACGAAGAGAAGAAACGGAAAAAUCAAAAAACCGUUUCUUUGACAUGCAGACGUUUUUCAGCACUCAUACAUUGAAAAAUAAAUUAUACUUUAAAGUAAGUUGGCAGCUUCAGCAAGUAACUAUCGACCUGCCUCCCCAUCACUUCUUAUUUGGCGAAGAUUCUAGACCACAGCGACGAGAAAUAGUUAUAAAAUAUUAAAGAAAAAUAUGGAACAAUGUUAUAACAGAGGUUGUGGCCAGCUGUUUGACCCAGUCACCAAUUCUGAUGAUUCUUGCCGGCAUCAUCCGGGGGCUCCAUUUUUCCACGAUGCCUACAAAGGAUGGUCAUGUUGCAAUAAAAAAUCGGUGGAUUUUACAGAAUUCCUUAAUAUUCAAGGCUGCACAUUGGGCAAACAUUCAAAUAUUAAACCGCCCGAACCGGAAAAACCUGCCAAAGAUAAAGAUGAGGACAAGACUGUGGAAGUUAAAGUGCGAGCACCCAUUAAGGAAUCACUGCCCAGACCAGCGAUCGAAACGCCUUUUACUGUCCUACAACCAACAGUAGCUUCAGCAUUGAAGGAUACCAUUGAUGCAUUAAAAGUCGGCAAUGCUGCUGCGCCAGUUGCAACAACAGGCAGCGAUGGAGCCGUUGCUGUAGGAACAAUCUGCAAAAACAAUGGCUGCACUUACUCCUAUACAAGCACAAGCAGCGAUUUUGGUGAAUGCACCUAUCAUCCUGGAGUCCCCAUAUUUCAUGAGGGCCUGAAGUUCUGGUCAUGCUGUCAAAAACGUACCUCAGAUUUUGCUCAGUUCAUGGCACAAAAAGGCUGUGUCUACGGCCAACAUAAAUUUACUAAGGAUGACGACGACAAAAAGGUAGUUCAAUGCCGAUAUGAUUGGCAUCAGACAGCUUCAAAUGUUGUUGUCGCUGUCUAUGCCAAAAAAUAUCAUUACGCGGAAAGUGUCGUCGAAGUAAACCCUAUUCGCUUGCAUGUUAUGCUGGUCUUUCCAGAGCAGGAAAAUGCCAAGUUUGACUUGGACUUGGAACUACGAGGCAUCAUCAAUGUACAAAAGGCCUCCGUCCAAAUGUUCGGUACUAAGGUUGAGAUUACAUUGCCGAAAUUGGAGCCAGGAUCAUGGUCAAAUCUUAAUUUUCCACGAGAUGUGCUUCCAGCAGCAAAAAAGGAUACUGAUCAGAGCAACCGAAAAGCAGAUGACAGCGACGACGAGUUCUUCGACUUAGACGACAUUCAACCUGUUCAAAGUUACGGACUUAAAUUGUCUGAAAUGAGUUUGGAAAAUCCCAACGGAUUGGAUUGAUAACACGCUAGCAUUUUAUUUGUUAAACUAAAUAGAGCCACCAUUGAGAGUUAAGCUGUUUUGUUUACAAUACACAAGUAUGCCUUACAUG